CGGAGGGGCCCGGGGCCCGAUGCCGCCAGGCAGGGGCAGCCCGGUUGAGUGGUGGGCAGCUUCGGUCCUGAGAGUUGGGACCACACUUCUCCGCACUGAGGGAAACUCUGGCGGCUCCGCCUGUAACGCGAUUGGGAGACAGAGGAGGUGGAGCUGCUCCUCCGCGCCCCCUCCUCGCCGCCGCCGCUGCCACAGCCGGGACGGCCGGCCUCUUCCCCGCCCUCCCAGGACCACUGGUGGGGUCCUUGCCCCGCGGCCGAGGGAGGAGGGAGGAAGGUCGAAGAAGAGCCGAUGGGGAGGUCUAGGCUUGCCCUCUGUAGUAACAGCCCUUCCAGGCUGCGCUCAGCGCAACUGACAAAGGCGGACUGUGAGCCUUGUGCCAGGCAUCCCCAGAGGGAGACCCCCCACCUCCCUACACGACCCAGGCAGUGGGUGAUUGACGAGCGCUCCUGAGUCCGCGCGGGUGUUGCGUAAAUGGUGGGCCCCUCCACCCCACCUCGAAACACAGAAAACAGGGCGAGCAAUGUGCAUUACAGUGCUGCUGGUGAAUCUCUUCUCCCGGGUGGACCCUGGGAGCUAAGCAGGAGAAGGGGAGGGAAAGUCCAGUUUCCCAUUGAUCCCCUUAAAUGAGGGCUGGGGUACCACCCCUUCAGGUGUGGAAGGGCAGAGUUUGUUAGCCCCUUUGGUUGGUGAGGACAGCCCCAGGAGGGCCCCAGAGCUGCUUUCUCUUUGCAGAUAGAAGUUAGGCAGCUGAGGGCUCUGCUGAAGAGGUCUAAAGAAAGAUGAGCCCAGAAGAGACCUCAAGGCAGGCCUGGGACCUGGGUAUAAGCAGAGUUAGGCUUUGCCUAUGAGUUCGAAUGGGGCCUGAGAUCUCGUGAUCCUGUAAGUUGAGGACACGAGGCCUGGCUCCAAACCAGCCUUUUCAGUCUGCUCUGGCUUGGUUAUUAAUAAAGUGGGCCUGACACCUUGUCCUUUGAGAGGCCAAGUGGCUGGAACAGGGUGUGGGUCCCGUAUCUCCCCUUCUGAGUGGAUUUCCUUGGCUGUGAAAUGGGGGUUCUUUCAACAUGUGAGGAACACCUGCUUUGUGCUAAUAUCUGUCUUAGUUGCUGGGGCUCCUGCCUGCAAGGAGCUUUAAGUCUAGAGUUGGGAGAGUGGAACAGAGAGAAAAGUGUCUUUGGUUGGUGCCACUAAUGCCAGGCACACACAUUUCAUGUUUAAUGGUCAGAGCAGUCUUGCUUCCCAUUCUGCAAAUGGGAAAUCUGAGGCUCAGCCCAAGCCAGAGCCGCAGUACACACUAGAGUGGUAGCUGGGAUAUGCCCAUUCCAUCCUCCACACAGGGUGGACUCCUCAGGAGCCUGGGGGGACAUGGAAAGCUCUCCUGGGAGAUGGUUGGGAGUCAGAGUUAACUAGAUAGAAAGGGAGUGGGCAUUCCAAGCAGGGAGGAGUGUGAAACAGCCCACAGUUAGGCCAGCAGGAGCUAACAGCAUGUGUGGGGGAGCCCUGGCAUAGAUUGGAUGGAAGAGGGCGUGGACUGGAGGGGUUUGACCUUUAUUCUUGAGGCCUUGGGCUGCCCCAAAGACAGGGGAGAGAUGUGUUCUGAUUCUGCUUGAAGAUCCUGUGAGGUAGGAGGGGUGGCCUUUAGGGGCUGGGGGCUGCUCUGGCCAGUGGCAGGGGUUAGGUGAAUUCCAGUGCCUCGAGAUGUCACCACCCCCCUUUCCCUCCUCCCCCACCUGCGGUAUGUGGGGAAGGGUGAGGGUCCUGCUUCAGUGAUUGAAAGAGUCCAUCACUCUUCCCAGAGUGGGUCAGCCUUCAGCCUCCUAUGUGGCCUGGCCAGGAGCUCUUCUGAUCCCUCCCAUCCUCCUGUGGGCCACUUGACCCAGUUGUGACUUUACAUUUGGGGAGUGUCUUGGUUGCUGCCCCUUGAGGGUUGGAAAGCUUUGGCAUGCAGUAGGCUCUGAGCAAAUGUUUGUAAGCCAAUGACAGAGUGACUCUUGGUCUAACUAUGGACCCUUUGCCCCAGGCACAUCCCUGGGCAGGAGGCUACCGGAGGGAGUGCAGGAGGUAGCCUCUGCCCAUCCUCAGACAGACCCUGUCUUCCCAGAGGAAGAAACUUUCUUCCCCGACCCCUUGGAAACAAGGUGGGGGGCUCCUGGGAAGCCUGGCCUUGCCAUAGUCCUGAGUUCACGACUCUCCCUGCUAUCCCCUUUCCCCCACCCCCUCGGGUAGCAAACAGAGGCGGCCUUGUUCCUGCUCCCAUAGAGCUGCCCUGUUCUCCUCACACUAAAAAUGGAAACCCCCAAGCUAUUUUGGGAGCAGUGCCCAGCUGGGCUGUGGCCAUGGCUCCCCUGCUCCCACCAGGCGGCCGGACCCUCCUCCGAAACUUAUGCCCAGUCCACUCACUCCGGGACAGUCUCAGCAGCACCUUGGUGGGGCCUUGGCGGGGAGGAGCCGACCCUAGCUGAGGGAAGCUCUCCCUCAGGCAGACUGGCCUCUGGGUGGUGGGAGGGGCUGGGCAACGUGGCCUGGGCAGAGGCGAGUAGGGGAAAUAUCUCCCGGCCUGGCCUGGGAGCAGCACUUCCCCAACCUGGUGCUCCUGGCUGGGGACCACCCGGGGCUGGGGAAGAUGGUGUUACCAUGGUUUUCUGCUUCAGCAGGCCUUAGCUGGGGCCCACAAGGAGGGAUCUGUGAGGAGAACAGGCACCCGGGGUCUGAGGAGGUCCUGGGGAUAGACAUGGUGACUUCCUCUGGGACAACCCUCCUCCAACCCUGGGCCCUGGCUCUGCUCUGACCUGCAGGAGGAGAAAUAAUAGCAAGAGAUGCCCUGGCUUCCACACCCUUGUAGGACUUAGGGCUCAAGCAGGGAAGUGUGCACGAAUCUGUAUGCGUGGGUAUCUGAAUGUGGGUGGUGGCGUAUAUGUCUUUGCUGGGGGGUGUGACAUGCCCUUGCGCGGAAUGCCUAUUUGUACGUGUGUGUUCCUGCGUGUAAAGAGGCUGUGUCUUUGUGCGAGUGUUUAAGUGUGUGGUACGUGGGUUGUGUUCCUAUGUGUGUCUGUGUGACGUGGACACGCCAUAUCUGCAUGUAUCUGCACAUGUGCAAGUGCCCGUGUGCUUGUGUAUGGGUGUGCACCUGCAGGGCCGGCGGCAUGUCUGCUUCUUGGUGUGUGCAAGCCUGUGUCCGUGUCUGUGCCAGUGGCAGUUUGGGCUAGACAGCUCGUGGCCUGUGUGGAGGGUGUAUAGCGGGGUGCCCUAAGAGGACAGAGUUUGGGCAGAGGGUGAGAAAGAGACAGUAGCUACGAAGGGAGAAGGGGCUGCAGAGGACAGGGCCAUGCUGGGGGCCUGGCUGGGCCCCGCCUGCCAUGGGGCUCCUUCCUAGUUGCCCUUUCCCAGGCCCUGAGGGUGCCUGGUUCCGCUGCCCUCCCCCUCCCUGUGUGGGCUCUGAGGAGGCGUCCCCUGUGGAAUGUGUUUGGUGGCCGAAGGCCAGGCUGGGCCCAGUUCCAUUGGCAGGCUGGGCAGCGGGAAGGGGAGCCCGGGCUCCCACAUGCCUGCAGCCCAGCCCCCAGCUUCAUGCUCUGCUAUCUCCCUGGCUAGGUGACUCCCACACAGGUCAUGCUGUUGUCUCCUGAUCCAGCCGGCCCUGCCAGGUGAGCCUGACCUCACACCUAGGCACCUGGGAGAAGUGUGACUCCUGCUUCUUAGGGCUCUCCAAGGUGGCAUCCAGUCAUUUAGGUCCCAGUCCUGACAGCCUCAGUCUCCCUCAUCUCUUCCUUGGUUUUGUGGAUUCCUUCUGGAUUCCUGGCCUGAACAGCCCUUCAUCCAAUUCUUGCUCUGCUCUAAUGUGCAGAUGGCCCAUGGGACCUUGCCCUCCCUCUUUCCCCCUGCAGGCAGCUGACAUCUGUGCAGAGGGGUCCUCUCCCUCCUCGGGGUUCUGGGCCCCUCUUUCCCAUCACCUGCUCUCCUGCCUCUCCAGGCCCUGGUCCCUGGGGAUGGGAUGUUUCUCACAUCUCUACCCCUCUAGCCCCUUACCCUCGGACCCUGUGGUGACACAGGGCAGUGCAGGGAGAAGUGGGGGUGGGGUAGGAUGGAGGUCUCCUGAGAGAAUAGUGCUUGCAGGAAAUGGACAGUGUUGAAGUUUCCAGGAAAGAUCUCCUGACCCCUUGCUAGUGUGCAAUCCUGGGGUCAUCCUGGACCACAGUGCUGUCUAAGCCUAGGCCUCCUCUGGUCACUCCCCCGGUUAGGAGGGGCAUCUUGGCAAUGUCACAGGCUUACCUCCCACAGUAGCCCCUCAGCACUCCAUCUCUCUCCUUGCCAGGUGACCAUGCCUGCCCUCGGCCCAGCUCUUCUCCAGGCGCUCUGGGCUGGGUGGGUCCUCACGCUCCAGCCCCCUCCACCAGCUGCUUUCACUCCCAAUGGCACGCAUCUGCAGCAUCUGGCACGGGAUCCCACCUCAGGUACCCUCUACCUGGGGGCCACCAACUUCCUGUUCCAGCUGAGCCCUGAGCUGCAGCUGGAGGCUACGGUGCCCACUGGCCCUGUGCUAGAUAGCAGGGACUGCCUGCCACCUGUGAUGCCUGAUGAGUGCCCUCAGGCCCAGCCUACCAACAACCUGAACCAGCUGCUCCUGGUGAGCCCAGGGGCCCUAGUGGUGUGUGGGAGUGUGCACCAGGGGGUCUGUGAGCUGCGGCAUCUGGGCCAACUUGAACGACUACUGCUGCGGCCUGAGCGGCCUGGGGACACCCAGUAUGUGGCCGCUAAUGACCCUGCAGUCAGUACGGUGGGACUGGUGGCCCAGGGCUUGACUGGGGAGCCUCUCCUAUUUGUGGGGAGGGGAUACACCAGCAGGGGCGUGGGGGGUGGCAUCCCUCCCAUCACAACCCGGACCUUGUGGCCACUGGACCCUCAAACUGCCUUCUCCUAUGAAGAGACGGCCAAGUUGGCCGUGGGCCGCCUCUCCGAGUAUAGCCACCACUUUGUGAGCGCCUUUGCACGUGGGGCCAGUGCCUACUUCCUGUUCCUGCGGCGGGACCUGCAGGCUCAGUCUAGAGCCUUUCGUGCCUAUGUGUCCCGAGUGUGCCUCCGGGACCAGCACUACUAUUCCUAUGUGGAGUUGCCUCUGGCCUGCCAGGGUAGCCGCUAUGGGCUGAUCCAGGCUGCAGCUGUGGCCACAUCCCUGGAGGUGACCCAGGGGGAGGUACUCUUUGCUGCCUUCUCCUCGGCCGCUCCCCCCACUGUGGGCCGGCCUCCGUCAGCAGCUGCUGGAGCAUCUGGAGCCUCUGCCCUCUGCGCCUUCCCCCUGGACGAGGUGGACCGCCUUGCUAACCGCACUCGAGAUGCCUGCUACACUAGGGAGGGCCGCGCCACGGAUGGGGUGGAGGUGGCCUACAUCGAGUAUGACGUCAAUUCUGACUGUGCACAGUUGCCUGUGGAUACCCUGGAUGCUUAUCCCUGUGGCUCAGACCACACGCCCAGCCCCAUGGCCAGCCGUGUCCCCCUGGAAGCCACGCCCGUUCUGGAGUGGCCAGGGAUUCAGCUAACAGCUGUGGCAGUCACCAUGGAGGAUGGACACACCAUUGCUUUCCUGGGUGACAGUCAAGGGCACCUACACAGGGUCUACUUGGGCCCAGGGAGUGAUGGCCACCCAUACUCCACACAGAACAUCCAGCAGGGGUCUGCGGUGAGCAGAGACCUCACCUUUGAUGGGGCCUUCGAGCACCUGUAUGUCAUGACCCAGAGCACACUUCUCAAGGUUCCUGUGGCUUCUUGUGCUCAGCACCUGGACUGUGCCUCUUGUCUCGCUCACAAGGACCCAUACUGUGGAUGGUGUGUGCUCCUUGGCAGGUGCAAUCGCCAUUCCGAGUGCUCACGGGGACAGGGCCCAGAGCGGUGGCUGUGGAGCUUCCAGCCUGAGCUGGGCUGUCUGCAAGUGGCAGCUAUGAGUCCUGCCAACAUCAGCCGAGAGGAGCGGAAGGAGGUUUUCCUGUCAGUGCCUGACCUGCCACCCCUGUGGCCAGGGGAGACGUAUUCCUGCCAGUUUGGGGAUCACCAGACUCCUGCCCUGCUGACCAGUUCUGGUGUGAUGUGCCCUUCCCCGGACCCUAGCGAGGCCCCAGCACUGCCAAGAGGAGCCGACCACGUGUCAGUGAGCGUGGAGCUCAGGUUUGGCGCUGUGGUGAUUGCCAAAGCUUCACUCUCCAUCUAUGACUGUGCAGCAGUCUCUGAGCUCCGCCCGUCUGCACAGUGCCAGGCCUGCGUGAGCAGCCGCUGGGGGUGUAACUGGUGUGUCUGGCAGCAGCUGUGCACGCACAAGGCCUCAUGUGACGCUGGGCCCAUGGUGGUUAGUCAGCAGAGCCCGCUUCUCUCCCCAGCCCCUCCCGCAAGAGAUGUACCCACCCCCUUCCCACCUGAAGCCCCCCAGACCCCAGUCACCCCUGCUCCUGACACCCUUCCCGUGGAGCCUGGUGCCCCCUCCACAGCCUCGGAUGUCCCACCUGGGGAUCGCCCUACCCUGCUCAGCCCCUGGGGGCCGGGGGCGGGUCCUGGCCCCAUACCUGCCUCAGCCUCCACAGAGUCACCUCUCCAUGAGGAACCUCCCCCUCCCGACCCCCCCAACAGACGUGGAACCGCUGUCCCCGCCCCCACUGACUUCGGACCCACGGCCACACCCGAGGACCUCUUGGCCUCCCACCCAUCGCCCUCAGAUGCAGCGGCACUGCCCCCUGCCCCUGCAGACCCCGGCCCCGAGGCCGACCCCUCCGUGGCACUCUUGGACCAGCCCCCCGGCACUGCUCCCGCCACCACUUUCCCAGGGGCCGCUGGCUCCACGAAGCCCGCUCUGGACUGGCUCAUGAGAGAAGGCGGAGAGCUGCCUGAGGCGGACGAGUGGACGGGGGGUGACACACCCGCCUUCUCCACUUCCACCCUCCUCUCAGGUGAUGGAGACUCGGCUGAGCACGAGGGCCCUCCCGCCCCCCUCAUCCUCCUGUCCAGCCUGGACUACCAAUACGACACCCCCGGGCUCUGGGAGCUGGAGGAGGUGAACUGGGGGGCAAGCUCCUGCCCUUGUGUCGAGAGUGUUCAGGGCUCCACGCUGAUGCCAGUCCACGUGGAGCGAGAAGUCCGGCUGCUGGGCAGGAACCUGCGCCUCUUCCAGGACAGCCCAGGAGACCAUGAGUGUGUGAUGGAGCUGGAGGGCCGUGAAGUGGUAGUUCAGGCCCGGGUCGAGUGCGAGCCACCUCCAGAGACUCAAUGCCACAUUACGUGCCGGCAGAACCAGCUCAGCUAUGAGGCUCUGCAGCCAGAGCUCCGUGUGGGGCUGUUUCUGCGUCGGGCUGGCCGUCUGCGUGUGGACAGUGCUGAUGGGUUGCAUGUGGUGCUGUAUGACUGCUCCGUGGGACACGGGGACUGUAGCCGCUGCCAAACUGCCAUGCCCCAAUAUGGCUGUGUGUGGUGCAAGGGAGAGCAUCCACGUUGUGUGGCCCAGGAGGCUUGUGGCGAGACUGAAGCUGUGGCCACACGGUGCCCCGCACCCCUCAUCUACUCGGUGGAGCCGCUGACUGGGCCUGUAGACGGAGGCACCCGUGUUACCAUCAGGGGCUCCAACCUGGGCCAACAUGUGCAGGACGUACAGGACACAGUCAGGGUGGCUGGAGUACCCUGUGCUGUGGAUGCUCAGGAGUACGAGGUCUCCAGUAGCUUCGUGUGUAUCACUGAGGCCAGCGGGGAGGAGGUGGCUGGCGCUGUGACGGUGGAGGUGCCAGGAAGAGGACACGGUGUCUCAGAGCACGACUUUGCCUACCAGGACCCGAAGGUGCAUUCCGUCUUCCCAACCCGAGGCCCCAGAGCGGGGGGUACCCGCCUUACCCUGCGCGGCUCCAAGCUCCUGACUGGGCGGCUGGAGGACAUCCGAGUAGUAGUUGGAGACCAGCCUUGCCAUCUGCUGCUGGAGCAGCAGGCGGAGCAGCUGCAGUGUGAGACCAGCCCCCACCCCACGCCUGCCACGCUCCCUGUGGCUGUGUGGUUUGGGGCCGCUGAGCGGAGGCUUCGACACAGCCAGUUUGAGUACACAUCAGACCCCAACGUCACCUCUGCCAGCCCCACCAAGAGCUUCCUCAGUGGAGGACGGAAGAUAUGGGUCCGUGGCCAGAAUUUGGAUGUGGUACAGACACCAAGAAUCCGAGUGACUGUGGCUCCGAGAGCACCGCAGCCCGGCCAGGGGCUUGGGCGGAGACGCCGCGUGAUCCCAGAAACAGCGUGCUCCCCUGGAGCUUCCUGUGGUGGCCAUCAUUUUGAGGAGCCGUGCCACGUGAACUCCUCUCAGCUCAUCACGUGCCACACGCCUGCCCUCCCAGGCCUGCCUGAGGACCCCUGGGUCCGGGUGGAAUUCAUCCUUGACAACCUGGUCUUUGACUUCGCGACACUGAACCCCACACCCUUCUCCUAUGAGGCCGACCCCACUCUGCAGCCCCUCAACCCCGAGGACCCCACCGCACCAUUCCGGCACAAGCCUGGGAGUGUGCUCUCUGUGGAGGGGGAGAAUCUGGACCUUGCAAUGUCCAAGGAGGAGGUGGUGGCCAUGAUAGGGGACGGCCCCUGCGUGGUGAAGACACUGACCCGUCACCACCUGUACUGCGAGCCCCCCCUGGAGCAGCCUCUGCCCCAGCACCACGUCCUCCGGGAGGCGCCCGAUGCUUUGCCUGAGUUCACGGUGCAGAUGGGGAACCUGCACUUCUCCCUGGGCCACGUGCAGUACGAUGGCGAGAGCCCCGUGGCUUUUCCCAUGGCAGCCCAGGUGGGCUUGGGGGUGGGCACCUCUCUUCUGGCUCUGGGCGUCAUCAUCAUUGUCCUCAUAUACAGGAGGAAGAGCAAGCAGGCCCUGAGGGACUAUAAGAAGGUCCAGAUCCAGCUGGAGAAUCUGGAGAGCAGUGUGCGGGACCGCUGCAAGAAGGAGUUCACGGACCUCAUGACUGAGAUGACUGAUCUCACCAGUGACCUUCUGGGCAGUGGCAUCCCCUUCCUCGACUAUAAGGUGUAUGCCGAGAGGGUCUUCUUCCCUGGGCACCAGGAGUCGCCCUUGCACCGGGACCUGGGUGUACCGGAGAGCAGGCGACCCACCGUGGAACAAGGGCUGGGGCAGCUCUCCAACCUGCUCAACAGCAAGCUCUUCCUCACCAAGUUCAUCCACACCCUGGAGAGCCAGCGCACCUUCUCAGCUCGGGACCGCGCCUACGUGGCAUCCCUGCUCACGGUGGCACUGCACGGGAAGCUCGAGUACUUCACUGACAUCCUCCGAACCCUGCUCAGUGACCUGGUGGCCCAGUAUGUGGCCAAGAACCCCAAGCUGAUGCUGCGCAGGACAGAGACCGUGGUGGAGAAGUUGCUCACCAACUGGAUGUCCAUCUGCCUGUACACCUUCGUGAGGGACUCAGUAGGGGAGCCGCUGUACAUGCUCUUCCGUGGAAUUAAACAUCAAGUGGACAAGGGGCCAGUGGAUAGCGUGACUGGCAAAGCCAAAUACACCCUGAAUGACAACCGCCUUCUCAGAGAGGACGUGGAGUACCGUCCCCUGACCUUGAAUGCACUGUUGGCUGUGGGGCCCGGCGCAGGAGAGGCCCAGGGUGUGCCUGUGAAGGUCCUGGACUGCGAUACCAUCUCCCAGGCCAAAGAGAAGAUGUUGGACCAGCUUUAUAAAGGAGUACCUCUCGCCCAGCGGCCAGACCCCCGUACCCUGGAUGUUGAGUGGCGGUCUGGGGUGGCUGGGCAUCUCAUUCUUUCUGACGAGGACGUGACUUCUGAGGUCCAGGGCCUGUGGAGGCGCCUGAACACCCUGCAGCAUUACAAGGUCCCAGAUGGAGCAACUGUGGCCCUGGUCCCCUGCCUCACCAAGCACGUUCUCCGGGAAAACCAGGAUUAUGUCCCUGGAGAGAGGACCCCAAUGCUGGAGGAUGUGGACGAGGGGGGCAUCCGGCCCUGGCACCUAGUGAAGCCAAGUGAGGAGCCAGAGCCUCCCAGGCCUCGGAGGGGCAGCCUUCGGGGCGGGGAGCGCGAGCGAGCCAAGGCCAUCCCUGAGAUCUACCUGACCCGCCUGUUGUCCAUGAAGGGCACACUGCAGAAGUUUGUGGACGACCUAUUCCAGGUGAUUCUCAGCACCAGCCGCCCCGUGCCGCUUGCUAUCAAGUACUUCUUCGACCUGCUGGAUGAGCAGGCCCAGCAGCACGGCAUCUCUGACCAGGACACCGUCCAUAUCUGGAAGACCAACAGCCUGCCGCUAAGGUUCUGGAUCAAUAUAAUAAAAAACCCGCAGUUUGUGUUCGACGUGCAGACAUCUGAUAACAUGGAUGCAGUGCUCUUGGUCAUUGCUCAGACGUUCAUGGAUGCCUGCACCCUGGCCGACCACAAGCUGGGCCGGGACUCCCCCAUCAACAAACUUCUAUAUGCUCGAGAUAUUCCCCGUUACAAACGGAUGGUGGAAAGGUACUACGCAGACAUCAGGCAGACCGUCCCCGCCAGUGACCAAGAGAUGAACUCCAUCCUGGCUGAGCUGUCUCGGAACUACUCUGGGGACCUUGGGGCACGAGUGGCCCUGCAUGAACUCUACAAGUAUAUCAACAAGUACUAUGACCAGAUCAUCACUGCCCUGGAGGAGGAUGGCACGGCUCAGAAGAUGCAGCUGGGCUACCGGCUCCAGCAGAUCGCAGCCGCUGUGGAGAACAAGGUCACGGACCUGUAGGGAACUGGCCAGCCCUGGCCUGCCAUUGCCUCAGCCCUGCCCGGGCAGCCCUGGAACCGUGAGGGAGAAGCUGCCUUCUUAGAUGCCUGUAGUACCUGAUGAGCAGAGUUAGUGGAAGGUGGCCCCCGGGCUCCUGGGGCCUCUGGCCUGGGCCCUGCUGGACCUACCUCGCAGGCCUGGGGCUGUGAGGCUGAUGGGGUGGUGCCCAGCCUGCUCCCCGAGCCCAGUGACCCUGUGGGCUCUUUUCUGUGUGACGUCGGUCUGCGGGGAGUCAGGGACUCAGGGCUUCCAGAGAGUUGCUGGAAGGGCCUCCAGCCUCUGGAGAAACUGUACUGUUCCUGAACACUGGUCUUUGUCCCACCGGGAUUCCGAGGGGAAGGAGGAGAGCCCCACUUCCUGUCCUUUCCUCCUCCAUCAUCCCUGACCUCAGUUUAGCUGCCUCCAGCCUUUUGCUGCUGCCACGUUCCUAGGUCCGAGAGAUGAAUGCCUUUCCUAGGCCACUACAAACUGACCCCUUGUCAGGGCUGGCUGCCUCAGGGCCACCCUGCCUCAGAGGCAGCGAGUGGGGAGGGGCACUUGCUGCAGGGGCCUGGGGGAGACCGGUGGCCCCACUGACCCAGCUCUUAAUUAAAGGAUAACACACU